AUGGGCUGUUUCCAUGGUAACAGACAACACAAAGACUGCAGGUCCAGUGACAGUGAUGACACCUGGGCAAUAAUGUCUUACCGAGGGUUUAUGAGCCGGGUUUCUACGGAAGCCAAGGACUUCUACGACAUUAAAAAUGAAGCGGCAGAGUUUUACCGGGUGAACAGAGUCCCCGAGGAGAUAGAGAGAGCUCUGAACGAGCUCUUCUUCCACAAGCCAGAAGACGUUCACGGUUAUCUGGCAAAUUACUUUAAAAACCUAUGUGCACCACCAAGGAUCAGCAGACUGAAGGGAAGGGAGGUUUAUGAUGCAAGAGGACAGCUAGCCAUUGAGGCAGAGGUCUUCUGCAUCGUCUGCAACAAGGAAAAGAGCAUGUCCUCAGCUGCCAUCUCCAGCCACUUUGGUCCUAAGGAGACAUCGCUGGACUGGAAAGCAAAGUGUCAGGAGAUGGCUGACCAUGUGAUGACUGCUGCCCAGUGGAUCAAUGAACCUCUUAACAACAUGCUGAAGGGCCAAAACCCCUGUGACCAAUCAGAUGUUGACCAUAUACUCAGCAAUUUCUUCAUGGCCCACUACCUGGAGGAGAAAGACAUCCAGAACAAGCAGAAGGAGGAGAGUCGUUCACCCAGCGAGGCUGAGGUGAUUUUGUCUUCUCCACUACCUGCACAGACUAAAGACAAGAAGAGUGUUGAUAAAGGCAAAAAGAGCAACACCGCAGAAAAGUCAUUUCCUCCAGCAGAUCCACCAGAACCAGUUUUGCCUGGGAGCUUGGCCAUUGGCUCAGUGUCUCUGGCUGUAGCCAAAACUGGGGCAAAAACACAGGGUAUCCCUCUCUACAAAUACAUAGCAGCUCUGAAGAACAGAGAGGUUCCGACACAGUUUCACAUCCCUGUCUCUUUGGUUACCUUGCUGAGCUGUGGGAAGAUUUCUCCUGGAAAAUUGAGUUUACUGGAGGAAGUCAUCCUGAUCCCCAAAGCUGGACAAAGAGUCAAACAAAUCAUCACAAUGACCUUUGAGUUACAGAAGGAGAUGAUGCGUAUAGUGAACGCUUCAACAAAAGCCGGGGCCACCCAGGCAAUGCUGUGUGACAGUGGAGUGCUGGCUGUGAACUACGAGCGGCCCGAGCAGCCUCUAGAUCUGAUCACUGAAGCCUGCGCUAACUUUGGACUGGCACUGGGAACAGAGAUCCAUUUAGCAGUACACUGUGCUGCCCCUGAGCUAAUGGACUAUUCUAAAGGAAAGUAUGAAAUUGCAACAGGAGUUUUGAAGUCUCCAGAUGAAUUAGUUGAUUUAUACCAAACCCUCAUCAGCAAAUACCCAGCGGUGGUGGCCUUAAUCGAUCCAUUUAGGAGAGAGGACAUUGACCAGUGGGAGAAGCUGAGCAAUGUGAUUGGAAACUCAUGUUCGCUGCUCUCUGACAUCACCUACAAGUCAAAGGCCCCACCCCUUCCGGGAGUCAGAUGUCACAUCUUAAAACACACUCAUGAGACAACAGUCAGUGAUUUGAUCUGCAUCACAUCAGAGCACCAAGGUUCAGUGUUAAUGGGAACGACCUACAGUGAGCCCUGCAGUGAUGACUCUUUGUCAGAUCUUGCUGUGGGCCUGGGCCUGGACUAUGUCAAACUGGGAGGUCUAAGGAGUGCUGAGACCAUGACUAAAUUCAACCGGCUGAUUUCUAUAGAGGAAGAACUGGCCCAACAGGGAAUCCUAGUCUCCGAGGAGAAGCACCCCCCUCCAUUGUUCACUGAAAAACCACAGGAGCGGCCCGCUACUGCAGAGAGUACUCUGCCUGACACGGCCUGCUAACAGCUUCUGUUCUUAUCCAGAAAGUAGGACUGAUUUAAAAUCUGUGUCAGUGCAACCACAUUAUAUUUUACUUUCAUACUUUAAUCCUGCUGUUAUUGCUUACUUGCAUGUCAAGAUUUCAUUUAUAAACCCGGCUGGGGUGCAUUCAUCUUGAGUUAUCGUUGUGGUUUAUUUCAAACCUGCGGUAAAAUAAAUCUAUAUGAAGCUGUUCGGAGAGAGGCUAAGUGGGUGAACAUAACCUUCAAUAAAAACAGUUUAUACAACCCCCAGGCAUCUCGUUGCUACUUCAGUAUUGUAUACAGUACACGCCACAUUAGCAGGUGCUGUAUGCUGGACCUCCUUACACAAACACACAAUCAAUCAUCUCCACAGAAACAUCAGUACACACUACAAGGCAAACAGAAGAGAUCCACUGGUGAAGG